UCAAAGGGAAAAAAAAAAAAAAAAAAAAGGAGCUGCUACUACUCAAUUCAAUUCUGACUGACUGAUGCUCUGUGGGAAUUCAAGCGCAAGGUGACCAAUCUUACGUUUUGCAAGUGAUGUCGGAAACUGGGAUUUUAUGUAAAAUCUCUAUUUCAAUUAUGUAGGAAAACAAAACAAAAAGAGAACUAUAACUGCAAGUCAGGUUUGACCUAUGAAAUGGUAGUUUAGGACUUCUGACCUAGAUCAUCUGUGGUCAAUUGCCAAAUAAUGACAUUUUAAAAUCAUACCCUCCGUAAAGUCUUUUUACGACAGAAGAGACUAUGAUGUGUGCCACAUUAAUGUGAGCAGUAUACAUGUUUGUGUAUAGUGCAUAUACACAGGAAACUAUAAAAAAUCAUUCAUCCAUCCAUCUUGUUUCUUCUCUGAAUUGAAACCUUUUUGAUAGAUUCAUUUCUUCUUUACUUGGUGAGGUAAUUAUAAAGAGCUGCACUGUUUGUAUUAGAUUUUCCUAGAGAAGAAACCCUGCUGUAAAAUUUUUAAAAACACAUAGAAGUUGUAUGGCCAUGAACAACAUUAUUUAACCUCUCUAAGUCUCCAUUUUCUCUCGUUAUAUGCCAUACCUAUGUCUCAUGGUUGUCAUGAAAAUCAAGUGAAAUAUGACUUUAUGAAGCUCUAACAUGUAUGAAUGCUCAGUGUAUGUUGGGCUUCAUAUUUUGUUAGAAUUAAGUCUAACACAAUACAUUACAAUAUAGUAUGUUUCAAAAUAAAAGAUCAUUUAAAACAGAGCAAGUGGAGUUAGACUGAAUUUCCAAACCUCAAAAGCAACAAUCCAAAGUUGAUUUCUUAUAUAGGUUCAUAAAACCACAAUAUCACUGGGCCCUGUGAACUGCUGUGUUUUAUGUAACACAUCCUUAGAUUUAUAAAGCAUUAAAUAAGAAAAAUAACCCUUUGGGUUAUAAAAAAUGAGGAUCAAGAAUUAAGCAACAUACCUUGGCUGAAAUUAACUUUUAUUAUAUGCAUGUAAUUAUAACCCUCAACAAUUCACAAUAAACACCUGACAAGAUUGCUAAAACUUUUCAUGAAAUGGAAUAUAUAAGAUAAAAUUCUUUCAUUCCUAUUGCACUCAGUGGUGCUUGAGAAAACAGAACAGAGAGUCUGGGUUAAGGAAUAGUUCAAGCAAAUGAUAUUUCUUUAUUAUUUUCCCAAGUAAAAUCUAGACUGAAGUAAUAUUAAUAAAUGAUACGUACUUUCCAAUGAAAGAAACAGGGAAAACUUUGGUUCAAAAGAAUUGUUGAUAAUGAUAAGGAUGCAUAUUGGAAUCCAAGUGCAGGAAAGCACAAAGCAACCAGCUUUUUGAUGUAUUAUUUAUAGUGAGAUUUUCACCCUGGGUUGGAAAAGUGCCUUAGCAACAGCAUCUUGAAUCUCUUUCUCAUUAUCUCUAACAUGUCAUGUGGGGUAGGAUGGUUUAAAUGCCUAAUAGGAAUAUUUGCAAAUCACUUUGAACAUACUGCUUGCUCUCUUUCUCUGUUUCUCUGUCUUUGCUAGUGAUGCUAAUUAACACCCAAAAACCUUCCCUGACGUUUAAAUAGCAUGUACAGGAGAUAUUAUCUCAUACUGAGUCCACAAACGGGGACAACCUUCCAUGUCCUUUAUGUAUUUCUGUAAUUGCGACACAGGCCACUCCAGACUUUCCGUAUUAGAUAAAUUUAGGGCUGGAAUCUGCAAUCUGGUGGGAAGAUGGUGCAAGGGGAACUGUGAGCUGAGCUUGCAUAGCAGGGUUUGUUUGUUUUGUUCAGAUCUGCUGUAUUUUUUUAAAUAAAUUAAAGAAAGGCAUUCAUAGCAAAUUGACAAGCAGGGCGAGAGGGCAGGGAUGCUCAGUGAGAUUAUGGGAGAGUUAAAGCCCCUUCACUUCCAGCCUAAACUACUCUUUGGAGCUGCCUGAAAAUCAUAGCCUCCUGGUUGGGAUCCAAAACAGAUUAACCCUUUCACUAAGUGCUGCUGCAUAAGAAAGACUUUAACAUAAAGCUUCAAUGUAUCUGUUAUGUUUUUUCAGAAUAGGCUAGGUCAAUAUGGGUGACCUUUAUUUAGGGGUGUGCCAAUGAAGGAGUUAACUCUUACAUUUUAUGUUAAUGGGAAUAGUAAUAUAAUGAAUCCCAGAAAAAGAACUGUUCAAAAGUAAUUUAUUAAGAUAAUUAUAUUGGUGCAUAUGUGUUUGUAAUGCUUUAAUGAUAGUUUUUGGUGAGAUAGACAGUUGCUACACAAUAAUUUUUAUUCCUUAACAAAACAACUAAUAUUUGAUGUGGCAAGGUGCUCAGCUAAAAGUUCACAUUUCUACUUCCUUUGCAGCUUGAUGUGGCCAUGUGAUUAAAUUUCAACCAAUGAUAUGAAAAAUUGUUGGGCUGGUUCCCAAAGAGGGAAGAAGGAGGAGCUGAGCAAGACUUUGGAGGUGGGCCUGAACAUUUUCAUUUUAAGACAGCUGUGUACCUCCAGUGCACAUAUUCAGGUAAACUACGAACUGGGAGUUUUGAAGAAUGGGUAAAGACUUUCGUUACUAUUUCCAGCAUCCCUGGUCUCGCAUGAUUGUGGCUUACUUGGUGAUCUUCUUUAACUUCUUAAUAUUUGCGGAGGACCCAGUUUCUCACAGCCAAACAGAAGCCAAUGUUAUUGUUGUUGGAAACUGUUUUUCAUUUGUUACAAAUAAAUACCCUAGAGGAGUUGGCUGGAGGAUUUUGAAGGUGCUUCUAUGGCUACUUGCCAUUCUCACAGGACUAAUAGCUGGCAAAUUUGUGUUCCAUCAGCGUUUGUUUGGUCAGUUGCUCCGAUUAAAAAUGUUUCGAGAAGAUCAUGGGUCAUGGAUGACAAUGUUUUUCAGCACAAUUCUCUUUCUCUUCAUAUUUUCUCACAUAUACAACACGAUUCUUCUAAUGGAUGGGAACAUGGGAGCAUAUAUCAUUACAGACUAUAUGGGCAUCCGAAAUGAAAGUUUCAUGAAAUUAGCUGCAGUAGGGACCUGGAUGGGGGACUUUGUCACAGCUUGGAUGGUCACUGAUAUGAUGCUUCAGGACAAACCCUAUCCUGACUGGGGAAAAUCAGCAAGAGCUUUCUGGAAGAAAGGAAAUGUUAGGAUCACUUUAUUCUGGACAGUUCUUUUUACUCUGACGUCUGUGGUUGUACUUGUGAUUACAACGGACUGGAUCAGCUGGGACAAGCUGAAUCGGGGAUUUUUACCCAGUGAUGAAGUUUCCAGAGCAUUCCUUGCUUCUUUUAUCUUGGUCUUUGACCUCCUUAUUGUGAUGCAGGACUGGGAAUUCCCACAUUUCAUGGGAGAUGUUGAUGUAAAUCUCCCUGGUUUGCACACCCCUCACAUGCAGUUCAAGAUUCCUUUCUUCCAGAAAAUCUUCAAGGAGGAAUAUCGUAUUCACAUAACAGGCAAAUGGUUUAACUAUGGAAUUAUCUUCCUCGUCUUGAUUUUGGAUCUUAAUAUGUGGAAGAACCAAAUAUUUUAUAAACCUCAUGAAUAUGGACAAUAUAUCGGCCCAGGGCAGAAGAUAUAUACAGUGAAAGACUCAGAAAGUUUAAAAGAUUUGAACAGAACCAAGCUAUCCUGGGAAUGGAGGUCCAAUCACACUAACCCUCGGACUAAUAAAACAUAUGUUGAGGGAGACAUGUUCUUACACAGCAGGUUCAUAGGAGCCAGUCUUGAUGUCAAGUGUCUGGCCUUUGUUCCAAGCCUGAUAGCCUUUGUGUGGUUUGGAUUCUUUAUUUGGUUCUUUGGACGAUUUUUGAAAAAUGAGCCACGCAUGGAGAAUCAAGACAAAACUUACACUCGCAUGAAAAGAAAAUCUCCAUCAGAACAUAGCAAAGACAUGGGAAUCACUCGAGAAAACACCCGGGCUUCAGUAGAAGACCCCUUGAAUGACCCUUCUUUGGUUUGCAUCAGGUCUGACUUCAAUGAGAUCGUCUACAAGUCUUCCCACCUAACCUCGGAAAACUUGAGCUCACAGUUGAAUGAAUCUACUAGUGCAACAGAAGCUGAUCAAGACCCAACGACUUCUAAAAGUACACCUACGAACUAGACUCGGAGACAGACUUGGAGAUAGCACAAAAAGCAACCUUGAGUGUAACUUUAAAAAUUUAGUCUUUCCUUUUGUAUAUGUAAGGUUUACGUAGUGUUAGGUAAAACUAUGAACAAUGCCACAACGGUGCUCAACAUGCUUUUUCUAGGAUUCAUUGUUUUCUAUUUGUAUUAUAAUACACGUGCCUACUGUAUACUUAACAGUCCUCUAGAGAUUGCUUUUCACGAUUGCACAAGCUAUUACUGACUUUACAGCAUAGUAGAAGAUUAGCUGAUGACCCAUGUAUCUGAUGUUCAACCAUAGUGGUGCCUUGAGACAUUAAACUGUUGUUUUUAACUGUACCAGAAAUGAAGUGUGGAACAGUUACCUAACCUAUUUCACAUGGGUGUUUUGUAUACAACUGUUUUGAUCUACACUUGAUGUCUGAGCAGAAAACAGAAAUAGCUAAAUGUGACUCAGGAAGUAUCUCUUGGUUUCUUAUUCAGCAGCAGAGUUGGUGACUUUGACAACUGGACUGCAGAGAAAUAUGUUGAUCACCUUUUAAUUUUUAUUGGCUGUCUGCCAAAUACAAAUACAGAUGCAAAAUUCAGUAAUAGGAGAUCUAUAACCCAACAUGGGUCACUACUCGUGAAAUGUGACUUUCUUCCACCAGUAAUUGCAAUUAGGUGAUAAUACCUAAUUAUGUUUUCCUAAUUAAAGAUAAAUUGCUACUUGAUUAAAAAUCCUGCCCUUCACCUUUGGGAACAAAGGUUAGGAGACACAUUUGGGUGAACUCUCAAACUUAUUGGCAUUUACACAAAGCCCCAGACAACCAAGGAACUGAAGCUUUCAUCAUGUGAGAGCAGCACAGCCCACCAUUUACAAUAUUCGUAUAUCUUUCUGCAAAUAUGGCUCUGGAUAGUGAAAACUGAAAAACAUAUGCCAACCCCGAGCAAGGGAACUCCUCAAAAAAUCAUGCAGCGGAACCUUGUCAGGUAGAGAAGCCGUGCAUGAAAGAAUUUGUUUAAUGUCUUGUUUUGCGUGUGUGUUUUUUGUUUUUGUUUUUUAAGAACUAAAUAUUGCACAUUAAUAAAUAAGAAUUAUACAGCA